AUGUCGCAGGCCAGGCUGAGGGAGGCCCUCAGCGCAGGCGGCCCCACUACCAAGGAUAGGGGACCUCCAGUAUCAGACGGGACUCUCACCGUGACCCCAGACACACCGGAGGCAGUGGAGUGGCGGUCUCGGCGAUCAAUCAUCGACAGCAUCGCCUCCUGCUCGACCUACCUGGACGAUGAUGACGAUGCAUCCACCAACCCCGGGGAUCUGUACGGUAGAUUCACCUGGAAAAUCGAUAAAUUUAGCGACAUCAACAAGCGGGAGCUCCGAAGUAACACCUUUGAAGUCGGGAACUACAAGUGGUAUAUCCUGGUGUACCCACAAGGCUGUGACGUCGCCAACCACCUGUCCCUCUUCCUCUGUGUGGCUGAUUACGACAAGCUGCUGCCAGGGUGGAGCCACUUUGCACAGUUUACGAUUGCGGUGGUGAACCGUGACCCCAAGGCCAGCAAGUACUCUGAUACGCUGCACCGCUUCUGCAAGAAGGAGCACGACUGGGGGUGGAAGAAAUUCAUGGAGCUGGGCAAGGUGGGCGAGGGCUUCACCCUCCAGGACUCGCUGGUGAUCAAGGCCCAGGUUCAGAUCCUGCGCGACCGCCCGCACCGCCCCUUCCGCUGCCUGGACGCGCAGUACCGGCGCGAGCUGGUCCGUGUCUACCUGAGCAACGUGGAGGGCAUCGCGCGGCGCUUUGGCUUCCGCGGCUUCUGGGCGGGCCUGGCCCCGCCCGCGCGCUUCGAGCUGUCCUGCGACGCAGCGGGGCCGCUGCUGAAGGCCGCGGUCAAGCGCUUCUUCAAUGAGAAGGAGGUGACCUCCACGCUGGUCAUGGAUGGGCUGGUGGCGGGGUGCAAGGCGCUGGAGGCCGCAGGGCGCGCGUUCUUGGCCGGCGGGCGGUACGAGACGCCCUCCGGAGUGCUCAUCGACGCCGUGCGCGGCGUUUUCUUCUUCGCCGGCGACGUCGUGGCGGUACUGGAGGCGCUGCUGGGCGACGCGCUGCCCCCCGCCCCGGCGCCCGACCGUGCCGCGGGCGACGCCGCGGCGGGCACGCGCGCGGCGGGUGAGCCGGACGAUGUCAGCCGCGACUCGGUGGAGCGUGACGAGCGUCGCCUGGCGGACCUGGGGCGCUGGAUCAUGGAGACCUUUGCCGCCGCGGAGAUCGCGCGCUUGCGUCUCGAGGCCGCCUGGAUUGAGGCGGAGACCAUCAAGCGCCAGGACGCGCUGAUCAGAGAGGAGGAGCUGCUGAGCCAGGAGGAGCAGCUGAAGGCCGCCCUGCGCUCGGAGCCGCAACAGCGCCUGGACUCGGCGCCCGGGCUGGAGUCGCCUGGGCUGGACGACUUUGCACACAUGGGCCUGAUCAACGACCUGCUGGAGUGA